AAACGACGCAGCGAAACGCGUCGCGAUUGGCUGGAAGCCGGUCACGUGCGCCGCUGUUCGGUGGCGCAGGAAGCCCCGGGGGUUUGUGAGGGGAUCACCGAGGGGACCCCGCGGACGUCGGGAGGACGACUCGAGGGGGAGGACGACUCGAGGGGGAGGACGACUCGAGGGGGACGACUCGAGGGAGGGGGGGGGGGACGAUGCAGGGCUCCUGGGACGUGAGCGGCGGCGGCAGGAAGCGUAGCGACCCCUGCGGCCCGGAGCGUCUCUCGUUCCUGCAGGCGCUCGUGUGCGAGUACCAGGAGUCGACUGACGAGGGCGCGUGUGACCAGGUGCUGGCGAACUUGGCGAACUUCGCGUCGGACCCGACCCAGGCCCCCUUCCUGCUGGCGCUGCAGGUCCCCGCGCUCUUCAGCGAUGCAGCGACCAGCAGCAGAGAGAGAACGGCGGAGUUCGGCAUGGGAGGCCUGUGUAACCUGUCCGCGGACCCGCGCUGCCGGGACGCCAUCGAGGCGGCGGGGGGCGUGGAGGCGGCGGUGCGCUGCCUGUCGCGCGCGAGCGAGGAGACGGUGCUCUCGGCCAUCACCGCGCUCGUGCUGCUGCGCCAGCAUCGGCACCAGCGGCAGCAGCGCGGGCCGUGGGCGGCGCUCCCCGUGGUGCAGUGCAUGCUGCGCCUGCAGCAGGCGGAGAGCGCCCGCCUCCGCACGCUCGCAACCCUCUUCCUCCAGGACUGCUGCAGCCCCGCGCAGGUGGAGGAGGCACACAAGACUGAGAGCCAAUCCGCCGUGGGGAUCCCGCUGCCCCCAGGGCCACCCCCAACCACAGACCUUAGUCCGGGCAGGGGACCCUGAGGGGAGGGAGAACGGAGGUGGGACUGGGCUUCACUAACCCAGGCCAAUAUCUGGGUAUCGCACCGGGGCGGCCCAGGGCCAUGGAGAUUCUGGGUUUGGUGCUUCCCGUUCAGCAACAAGAAUGUUGAGUGUUUCUCUAGCGUCCGUAAGUCACCACAUCGUGCAACGUUACACAAUCCUCAAACAUGGAGCCGCGCGCGCAUUCACGAGUGCUUAUGCACGAAAGGGGAAAACCGGAGAGCACCUGGAGAAAACCCGCACGUGCAAGGUGGGGCAACACUCUAUCCCGUACAGGUGGGACACGUGAAGAUGAAGCCACGCUUGCUGUACUGCCUUCUCUUGAGCGAGCCAUGGGUACGGCGGCACCUCCUCGACCCCCACGGGAACGGAGUUUCGCGACAUCUGUACUGCAAUCUACCAACCCUCGCUCCUGCUGCCUCCACACGCAGCCACGCGCGGCGUAGACAACCUCUGCUCAGCCAUACCGGGGUGCAGAGUUGUGGUUCAUGAAGCGAUUGUAAAUACAAUUUUUUUUUAAAUAA